AUGUCGGGAGGUAUAGCGCGUGGUCGUCUAGCUGAGGAGCGCAAAGCCUGGCGUAAGAAUCACCCACAUGGUUUCGUGGCGAAGCCGGAGACAGGUUCAGAUGGGUCUGUCAAUUUGAUGGUGUGGCAUUGCACCAUCCCUGGUAAGGCUGGGACUGACUGGGAGGGUGGCUGCUAUCCACUUACAAUGCAUUUCAGCGAGGACUACCCUAGCAAGCCCCCAAAAUGCAGGUUUCCUCCAGGGUUCUUCCACCCUAACGUGUAUCCGUCUGGAACUGUAUGUUUGUCUAUCCUCAAUGAGGACAGCGGGUGGAGACCAGCGAUUACAGUGAAACAAAUUCUAGUGGGCAUUCAGGAUUUGCUGGACCAGCCUAACCCUGCUGAUCCAGCACAAACUGAUGGAUAUCAACUCUACAUGCAGGAGCCUGUUGAGUACAAAAGAAGGGUGCGGCAGCAGGCUAAGCUGUACCCACCUGUCGUCUAAUGUUGUUCCUGCGCCCUCUGUAAUUAUGUUGGAUUGCUAGAUGUCAUUUGUGUGAUUGUGAAAUAGACUUUAAUUGGUAUUUAUCAUCAAACUUUGGCUAUUGGGCAGCUCAAAGUUGGUGCAUGUCUAACCUUUAAAGGUAUAUGUUUUGUCAUGGUUCUGUGUGACUGUAAUACGUUCACAACGUUGCUUUUGGAUAUGUUAGUUAUGAAAAACUGAAACAUAAAUGUUCGUUUCUAAUGCAGUAUGCAAGUGUAGUAUUGUAUAUUUUAAUCAAUAAAG